UCAUUUCGUCGCGCCGCGCCGGGGUGCAGCGCGCCUGCGAAACGUUCCGUCUACUCAGUGGGCCCAAUUUGCUCAGUUGGACGUUUGACUCAACCCGGGACACUAGUCGGUCAAAAGAAGAUGUUUCCCGCCUUCGCACUCGGUGAUGUUUUGGCGCGCAAUUCAAAGUGAAUUCUAAAUUUAAAAGUGUUUGUGUUUUGUUUGUGGUGUGUGUGGCAGCUGUGACAUUGAAUUAAAAAGUUAACUUUCUUUUUUUCUUUGGAUUAAAAAGGCCUCAAAAUGUACGGGUUGCUACUAGAAAACAUGGCGGAGUUCAUCCGACAAACGUACGGUGAGGAGCGCUGGGAGGACAUCCGGAGGCAAGCCGGAGUCGAACAGCCCUCGUUCUCAGUCCACCAGGUUUACCCUGAGAACCUCAUCACCAGGCUUGCCAAGAAGGCUCAGGAAGUUCUAGGCAUCACAGAGCGCGAAUUCAUGGACCAAAUGGGCGUUUACUUCGUGGGCUUCGUAUCACAAUACGGUUACGAUCGCGUCCUAUCAGUCCUAGGCCGUCACAUGAGAGACUUCCUAAACGGCCUAGAUAACCUACACGAAUACUUAAAGUUUAGUUAUCCUAGGAUGCGAGCGCCUAGUUUUAUAUGCGAGAACGAGACGCGGCAGGGACUGACGCUGCAUUAUAGGUCGAAGAGGAGGGGGUUCGUGUAUUAUGCUAUGGGACAGAUUAGAGAGGUAGCCCGUCACUUCUACCACAAGGAGAUGCGAAUAGAGUUGCUAAGGGAAGAACUCCUAUUUGACACAGUUCACGUGACCUUCCAGCUGACAUUUGACAAUCGGGCGUUCACCCUGGCGUCUCUGGCUAUGACACGGGAGGAAAAACAUCUGCCCAUCAGCGCUUCUGUUCUGUUCGAGAUAUUCCCGUUUUGCAUCGUUUUUGGAUCCGACAUGGUGGUCCGCAGCAUCGGCAACUCCCUGAUGGUGAUCCUGCCCGACCUGGUGGGCAAGAAGAUCACCAACUGGUUCGAUCUAGUCCGGCCGCUCAUCGCUUUUAAGUUUCAGACUAUCCUAAAUAGGACGAACAACAUCUUCGAGCUGGUGACGGUAGAGGCAGUCAUCCAUGAGAAGGCCACAGACAAGAGGAGCGAGAUCCUAAAGCUGUCAGAUGAGUCUGAUGGGACUACGGAGAAGAAUUUAAGGCUUAAAGGUCAAAUGAUCUACAUGGACAACUGGCGGAUGAUGAUGUACUUGGGGACCCCAGUGAUGCCGGACCUCUCCGCACUGGUCUCCACGGGGUUGUACAUCAACGACUUGUCCAUGCAUGACUUCAGCAGAGACCUGAUGUUAGCCGGCACGCAGCAAUCCGUGGAGCUCAAACUAGCCCUGGACCAAGAGCAGCAGAAGAGCAAGAAAUUAGAAGAAUCCAUGAGAAAACUGGACGAGGAGAUGAAACGGACUGAUGAACUAUUGUACCAGAUGAUACCUAAACAGGUCGCCGAUAGACUAAGAAAGGGGGAGAACCCUAUUGAUACGUGUGAGAUGUUCCACAGCGUGUCCAUCCUCUUCUCCGAUGUGGUUACGUUCACGGAGAUCUGCUCACGCAUCACCCCCAUGGAAGUGGUAUCCAUGUUAAACGCCAUGUACUCCAUCUUCGACACACUUACGGAACGGAACCGGGUAUAUAAGGUGGAAACGAUAGGAGAUGCUUAUAUGGUUGUAUCCGGGGCUCCAGAAAAAGAAGACAACCAUGCAGAGAAAGUCUGCGAUAUGGCACUUGACAUGGUGGACGCCAUCACUGACCUUAAGGAUCCUAGCACAGGCUCUCAUCUCUCUAUAAGAGUGGGAGUCCACUCUGGUGCAGUCGUAGCCGGCAUUGUUGGCCUCAAAAUGCCUCGCUACUGCCUCUUCGGAGAUUCUGUCAAUACCGCCUCACGAAUGGAGUCCACCUCAGAAGCCAUGAGGAUCCAUAUAUCGGAGACGACGCAAGAGCUACUCUCACCCUCUUAUAUGGUGCAGGAGAGGGGAGAAAUUCAGGUUAAAGGAAAAGGUUCAAUGAAGACCUACUGGCUCGAAGGCAGAGAGUCCAGACCUUCCCUAACCAAGUUGAUAUCGCCCCAACUCCAACCAGGCACGGAGCCAGAAUGGGAGCGAGCGGCUGAUGUCAGAGACUCCAUCGCUGAGUAUUCCGCGCAGCAGUUUUUGAAUAAAGAGCACAACUGUUUGCAGGCGGCGAAUGCUGUGCAGAACUCUGGACCGAGCUCGUUGGUCAGUGUAUCAGGAAACACUUUAGCCCAGCCGUCAACCCCAACAGUCCGGAGCCAAGCGCCAACUGUGAUGUCACCUGUGGAGGAACGACGGAUGUACUCGCCUGUCACGUUCCAAGACGUCGCGCGACGAAGCUUAGUUAACUCGCCUAAUAGGACUGAGAAGCCUAGAGAUUCGAGGUCCAAUUCGGCGAGCCUGGGUGGCAACUGGACUGAUGCAGAGUCACUCGUCACGGACCCUGCGAGGAACAUCGACAGCCUCAAUUCUAUUUGUUACAGUGCGACGUCCCCUUGCAGAAACGGUACCGCGCCCCCCUCCAAAGAAAGGGAGGAGAGCUUCGGCGAUGCAGCUUACGUGGCUCGAAUGUCCGCAGUACACUCGGCACCGCCCGCGUGCGUCGUCACAGACUCGUCACAUCAACACAGCGCAGAGGAAAUAGAAACCGACACAGAAUACCAAGACGCGCACGAGCUCAGCGACACUCAUAUCUGCACUGUCUCUGAGGCCAUCACAGAAAACCCCAAACCUGGCAAAGUGGGACGCUUUAAAGCCCGGAUAGCCCCCCACAAAACCUGCGUCGCCAAACCCCACAAGGAAUCAUUAAAAGACAAAAACCCCCCGGUUCACGGGCACCAUCACACGAAGAACGUGAAUCACCACCAGUGUUGUGGCGCGUUCGGGAAUCCACAUGUGAGACAUAAAAAUAAUUCUAGCUGUCACCUUAUUUAGAUUUUUAGUUGAACACGGGUAAUUACACUUUAAAUAGGCCUAUGAUUUAUGUUGGAUACUUAGUAAUGAGGAUGAGACACAAUUCGACUUGUUUGCAUUAAUUCUCAAAAAAUAUAUCUGCGGUCUAAUAGGGUAUUUGACUACUAGUCAAAUCAGUUUCUUUUUUCGAACUGUCAAAAAUGUAAUUUAUUAUAUACAACACAUAGUUCAUGAUCAGCAACGCAGGCUUCGUCAAGUGCUUACAACAAUAAAUCAGCCACAGGCUUCGUCACCUACUAACAAAUGAUAUAAUCCGCAACAGACUUUGUCAAUCUUAAACACUAAAUUAAACUAGGCCAAGUCCCCACUUCGGACCGUAGCCGGUCCAAAAGUCCCCAUGACACUGGCAGCAUUGCCCCGUUGAAUUGCCAAGGAGAUCUGUUGGACCAGAUACGAUCCGGAGCGAGGAUCGCAACCCCUUUCUCUUAGUCGCCGACCCAAUUGCCACACAAACUCCUUAGCCUCCGCACCCCAAGAUCCUGCAGUCUCCACCGCUACCGGUAUGAACUCAUACGUUGGUUCCAAGACAGAGUACUUUAUAUGCUUCUGUUUGGCCGCAUACUCCGCAGCCGAACCAGCAGUACUGAUGGUGUGAUUCAGAUGGGACGGGGCAAAUGUGCUAACACACGUUGCGUCCCAUAAGAGGCACCGGCCCUUCAAAAUGAUUUUGCUACUAUGGAAUUUAUAUGAAACACUAGCAUGUGACAUCACAAUCAAAUUACCUACUCAUUAUAGUUUUAUACGAAAUUUAAAAUAGAAAUUGUGUCUAAAAAUAACUGCUACAUUACUCUAUUAAUCUUUUGGUGCUUUAUUUCAUGCUUGGUGUAAAAUAAUUUAUUAUAAAUACAGUCAAAUACCCUAUUGCCGUGACCCAUAUAUUUUCAUACAAAAUGUAUGAAAACAGUCGUUGCAAAUAGACGCAACUGCAGACAUAUUUUCAAAGAAUGACAGCAGAGAUAUUUUGAACAAUUUGGUGAAGUAUCUACGCCACCAGUGAAAUGUCAAAGUGGUUUCGUGAUAUCAAACCACAAUAGCCAUAGCCAUGUCGCAAAUAUCAUUGCUGUUAUUAAAAUAUUGAAUUGAGCCCAUCGGUUAACAAGGCAUCGUCCGUCCAGUGGCGCCCUCAUUGGGGGAAUUUUGUUUUCUAAUGAACCAAUUAAUUUCUGUAUAAAUUAUUUUAUUAAAAUUGUUAUCCUACUGAUUGCCCAAAUAUUAGGUAAUAAGUAUUGUCAUGUUGAAUUUGCAUUAAAAUUCAAUCAACCGGUAUCUAUUAAAUAGGUACAAAAGAAAAUACGAAGAACCAAUUAAUAUCUGUAUAAAUCAUUUUAUUAAUAUUUUAUCCUACUGAUUGCCCAACUUUUGUUAUUUGUCAUAUAGGUUUAUAUUACUUACUUUUGACUUUAUCACCUUAACGGAAAUAUUUGCCUAUUUAGUUGAUAAAGCAAAAAAAUAAGCAAAAUAAAACUAUAUGCAAAGACCAACAGUUGGGGAAUCAGUAGGACAACAUAUUAACCUACUGAUUUGUACACAAAUUAAUUGGUUUAUUAGAUAACACAAUUCCCCCAAUUAGGGCGCCACUGGACGGACGGUGCAUAUAUAAUAAA